AUGUGAAUAAUGGACGCAUCUCGAGGACGAGCUCAUGGAGAUAAUGUUGAUGAGAAUAUCAUUAUAAACGAUCACGAACAUAGUCAAGUUAAAGAGUUGUCUAGCAACAACGACAAUGGAGAUGAGCUACAAGUUAACUUCUUUCGUGGUCUGCUCCGGCGCAUACCGGUAAAUAAGGUAAUAGAAGAGAUGGGAUUACUUGGAAAGGCAGCAUGUCCAGUAGCAACAACCACUUACCUUGUGUUUUCAAAGUCCAUAAUCUCCAUGUUAUUUUUAAGCCACAUGGGGAAAAUUGAACUAGCAGGAGGUGCUCUUGCCAUAAGCUUUGCAAAUGUGACAGGUCUUUCCAUCAUGAAAGGUUUAUGCAUGGGCAUGGACCCAAUUUGCUUUCAAGCCUUUGGUGCCAAAAGGUUUUCAGUCCUCAACCAAAUGUACAUCAAAACCUUUAUUCUACUAUUGCUUACAUCUAUACCUAUCACCUUCUUAUGGCUAAACAUGGAGCCUGUAUUCCAUCUGCUUGGCCAAGACCGCGUGAUCACUAAGGUAGCAGCAAUGUAUUUAGUAUUCUCGUUACCGGAGUUACCAGCCCUAGCCCACAUCUCACCACUACGGUCCUUUUUACGUGCACAGGGAUUGAACUCCCCUGCCACCAUGGUUGCAACUUGUGCCACCAUCUUGCAUCUCCCUAUAAACUAUUUUUUGAUUUAUUACUUAAAGAUGGGGGUUAAAGGUAUAGCUAUGGCAUCGACUUGCUACACCUAUAACAUGAAUAUCGGAUUGUUGAUCUAUCUUUUCAUGUCAAAAUCCGCUAUUAAGCCUUGGGCUGCUAAGAGUAGGGCUAGUUUGUCUUCAAUUUUUCAUGGUUGGGGGCCAUUGUUGAGCAUGGCUAUACCUAGUCUACUCUCUGUGUGUUUGGAAUGGUGGUGGUAUGAGAUCAUUCUUUUCCUUAGUGGACUAUUAGAGAACCCCCAAUCUUGUGUGGCGGCUACUGGGUUAAUCAUGCAAACUAUAGGCGUCGUUUAUGUCAUACCAUUUGCUUUAAGCCUUAGUAUAUCACAACGUGUAGGAAAUGAGCUAGGUGCAGGCCACUCUACCCGUGCUCAAAUUGCUGCAAUCACCGGGGUAUCCAUUGCUUUUAUUUAUGGAUUGGUGGUCUUUGCAUUAUCCGUUGCUUUAAGAAAUGUUUAUGGAAAGUUGUAUACAAGUGAGGUCCAAGUUCUCACCUUGCUUUCCUCAUCACUCCCAUGGACAGGUCUAGCUGAGGUGGGUAAUGCACCGCAGACUGCUGCCUGCGGUGCAUUAACAGGCUCAGCUAGACCUAAAGUUGGGGUUAGAAUAAAUAUUGCAGCAUUUUAUCUCAUAGGACUCCCGAUGGCAAUAGUUUUGGCUUUCGUUUUGAAGAUAGGUUAUCGAGGCCUAUGGUUAGGCCUAGUCGCAUCACAGUUGGCUUGUGCAUCAUUAAUGAUGUAUACAUUGGUGAAAACCAAUUGGAGAGAUCAAGCUAAAAGAGCAGAAGAACUGACUUUGGCUAUGGAUAAAGAUGAUGAAACGGAAAUGAAUGAACUUGUGCCUUGA